GGUGCUCAGUGCUUGCUAAGGCAACUCUCUCUGUUGAGCGACUGGGGAAGCCUCAUUGUAAUGCAUGCUGCUAAAAGCUGGGGAUACAGGCACAUGCACACACUGAUCUGAUCCGAAAAUGAGACGUAAAGCUCACAGACGCAGGAUCAGCACUGACAGACAACUACUGUCUGAUUCUGCAGGGAAAACUUAGGGUUCCUCGCAAUCUUUGGGCUCCAACCCAGAGUGCACUCACUACACACCAGGACAAAGAAAAUUAAAACAUGAAAAAAAUUUAUAUUGGGAAAACUGCACUAAAAGCCACUCGAAAUGGUUGUAAACACCAAAAGAGAAGUUCUGUGCAGGAGCAGAAGGACGAUCUGAGGAAACGUCUCUCUUACACCACCCAUAAGCUGGCGAUGCUGGAGAAUGAGUUUGACUCCACCCGCCAGUACCUGGAGAUGGAGCUCCGACGAGCACAGGAAGAACUGGAGAAAUUCACAGACAAGCUGCGCAGGAUACAGAGCAGCUAUGCAGCACUGCAGAGGAUAAACCAAGACCUGGAAGAUAAGAUUCAUCGAGCGACACAACAACAUGAGGAAGAGAAAAGGGCACUGGGUCGAGAGAUCAUCGUACUCAAUAACCACCUAAUGGAGGCCAAGAUUACAAUUGAAAAGCUUAGAGAAGACAAUGACCUAUACAGGAAAGACUGCAACCUUGCUGCUCAGCUCCUACAGUGUGGAAAAUCCCAUUACAGAGCACACAAGCUGUCAGAGCUGCCUACUGACCUACAAGAAAGGGUGAGUUCUCACAUGGAGAAGCAUGGGUCAGGAAGGAGCUUGGGCUUAUGCCACUCAUCCUACUCUGACACUGUGCCCACUGCAGUCAUUGCCAAGGUGCUGGAGAAGCCCGAGUUGGGUAGUAGCUGCCCGGUCACACGCUCACCCAGCCCACAGGCUCGAGACCCAGACCACAUGACCAACAAUGUAAUGGGCAGUGGGGACACCCUCCAUCGACGCGUGGUCUACAAGUCCUCUGACCUAUACUGCAGUGACACGGCCCUGUACUGUCCCACAGAUGACAGGCGCCGGGAGCACCAGCAGGAACGUAGGCAAAGUGUGGACCUCCACGGUCGGGAGGCCAGCUUCUUCCAAGCCCAGAACUCCACAGACAGCAACCCAGAAGAGGACAGCUUCCUCCCUGGCUUUUCACAUGAUGACGCCGCUUUUCACGAAUUUGCAGCUGGAUCUCCUCCACCAUCUAGCUCCUACUCCAGCUUCAGUGCGGCAUCAGAUGAGAAGGGCCAUGCUCUCAGUGGCACUCUCUCCUCCUCCCACCUGGCCCUCUACAUGGACUGGCCAGAGGGCGAUUAUGAGCACAAGAGCACAUCCUCUUAUGACAAGGACAGCCCUGGGUUUCCCAAGUCUCACAGCUUCCAGCACAUGGCCCCUAGUCCGCAGAAAGGCAAUUCCCCAGCCUAUGCACGCACACCAUCAUGCUAUAGUGAGCCUUACCACUCGCCACGCCUCCCCUCUUCACGCAAUGCAGGCUCCUCAGGGGUACCAAGAGACAGCCGCGGCAGUGUCCACAUCUCUGAGGAGGAGCUCACGGGCCGCUGGAGGCAGCUGAGUGUGGAAGACAUCAAUAUGUUCUCCUACCGCAAUCCUGGCCGUGUCUCCCCAUACAGCUUCUCAGAGCAACAUUUUGCAAUGGGCCCUGCCAAGAUCAAGCUGGGACCCCUAUACAGCAGCUUCCAGGAGGGAGACGAUGUCUUCCACACCCGUGUGCUAGACACCUGCUUCCCCACCUCGGCUGGUUCCAGCCCAGCCCCAAGUCCCAAGCACAACCUGGGUCUUUGUAAGACUGAAAAAAGCCCACUGUACCAGUCAAAGGAUGAUAGUCAGGAGUCCAAGAGCAGCCUUUUCCUCUCCGGAAGCUCAAAAGACAAAGAGAGCACAGUCGGAAAUGUGAACAAAGAAUAUGAAGACGUAAGCCCAAGCAGCUCAGUCGAGUCAUUACACCAAAAUCCACUAGAGGCUUCUAAUGUGCAGCACUACCAGCUUCAAAGUCCAGUGCCACAGAGGAAGACCCCGCCACAGCACCAAACAUUUGGAAGCACAGGACUCAGUAGGAAGGACAGUCUCACAAAGGCACAGCUGUAUGGAACACUGCUUAACUGAGUCAGUUUUGUGAUUUAACAGUCAUUACCACUGUUACUACUGGUAGUUAAAUACAUGUGAAUGAAGCACUAUUUGUUUGGAUAGAGUAUGAUGAAAUGAGGCAUUAACCAUUACAAGUGUAUGUUUCUCUGAUGUAAAGAAACAGGAAAGUAUAUUUUAGAACAUUAAAAAUACCCAGUUCAAAAGCCAUCAUACAACAGAAUAGACUCUGGGUUUCACACUCUGUUUAAACCAUCUUCCCUUAGCAUCCAUUGAUUUAUUAAGCAAGCAAUUUAUGAUAGUGACUGGAUAUUUAUUAUGUAGGGGAAUUUUGCUGUCUUUCAACAGAACAUCCAAAACUUGUUUCCUUGUGGAUAUUCUUCCUUAGACUUAUUUUUCAUGGUCAAAAAUUGUAUUAUCUGAAAAUUAGUUAUUAACAAGAUAAGAUGAUUUACUCAAAUAGCAUAUAAUGCAAGAAUAUAGUAUAUAAAAAACAGAAGUUGUAUACACCUGACAACAGCUUAAGGGGAAUUUUAAAUAUUUAUCUCCCCCCCACCCCCUUGUACUUUAAGGUCAAAUGACUAGUGACUAGAGAUUUCUUUGACAGUCUAUGCUUAUUGGGUAUUUCUAUUUUAACAACCUAUAUGUGUCAUGAUGUAAUCACAGUAAUUGUUUUUUCUCAAAAUGACAAAAGAAUUUGCCUUAAUUCUUCAAUUUUCAGUAGAUAAGCCCAUUUUCAGUCAUUUUUUUUUAUUUUCCCUUGUUCUACACAUAAAACAGAUGUACACUGGCUGGCCAAAAAAAAGGUCACCACCUGGAUUUAACUAAGCAAAUAGGUAAGAGCCUCCCAUUGGAUAAUUACUG